CUACUACCCAUCACAACUCGCAAGGGACGGUGUAGUUGGGGUGCCGUGAGCGUGGUGACCAGCAGCGGAGUGUGAGCAGCGUGCAGGAUGGCGACGAUCGACGGUCGUCCGGCGCAGUAUGGCAUCACGCUUAGACAGCUGCGGGAACUGAUGGAAACGCGUGGCCAAGAGGGCAUAGAAAAAAUACAGAGAGAGCAUGGCAGCACGCUCGAGAUCACUAAGAAGCUUUACUCAUCACCCACCAAUGGGUUGAGCGGAAAUGCCAGUGACAUGGAGCACCGGCGGCAAACGUUUGGUUCCAACGUCAUACCACCGAAGCCUCCUAAAACUUUCCUGACGCUUGUAUGGGAAGCUUUGCAAGAUGUUACGCUCAUCAUUCUCCAAGUAGCUGCAAUUGUCUCCUUAGGUCUAUCAUUUUACAGACCACCAGAAGAUAAAGGCUCAGAUGAACCAGAAGAGGGAUCUGCCGAAGUUGGUCACCACGAUGAGAGUGAGGAGGAAGCUGGAUGGAUUGAGGGUGUGGCCAUCCUUAUUUCUGUGGCAGUUGUUGUUUUUGUCACAGCCUUUAAUGACUACACAAAAGAAAAACAAUUUCGGGGCCUACAAAACCGCAUUGAGGGCGAGCACAAAUUUACUGUUAUUCGUGGAGGAGAAGUUCAGCAGAUUGGAGUGGGAGAUAUUGUCGUCGGUGAUAUUUGCCAAAUCAAGUAUGGGGAUUUGUUACCAACUGAUGGCAUUUUGAUACAGAGUAAUGACUUGAAGAUCGAUGAGUCAUCUCUAACAGGAGAGUCAGACCAUGUCAGGAAAGGGGCUGACUCUGAUCCUAUGGUGCUCUCAGGGACACAUGUGAUGGAGGGCAGUGGGAGGAUGCUGGUCACUGCUGUAGGUGUCAAUUCCCAAGCAGGCAUCAUCUUCACACUGCUUGGAGCAGCAGCUGAUGAAGAACAAGAGGAAGCAAAGAAGAGAAAGAAAGAGGCCAAAAAGGAGCGGAAAAAAAAGAAGAAGGGCGACUCGGGCGAAGAGUUGAUUGUCGCCAAUCCUAACAAGCAAGGGGAUGGUGAGGCUGCUGCUGUGACGGGUAAUUCACACCAUGUAACAGCCAACUCCGCAAAUGCAGAUGGUGAUGUAAGAAAUAACAAACAUUCAAAAGAUGAGGAUGAAGAGGAAGUGUCAAGACCAACAGGGGGAGGGGGUCAAGAAAAAUCUGUGCUACAAGCUAAGCUAACCAAGCUGGCAAUUCAAAUUGGCUAUGCUGGCUCAUUCAUUGCUGUGCUAACAGUUGUGAUUCUGAUUGUCCGUUUCUGCGUACAAACUUUUGUUGUGGAAGGCAAACCCUGGUCUCCAUUUUAUGCUAACCAUUUUGUCAAGUUCUUCAUCAUUGGUGUUACUGUGUUGGUGGUAGCAGUGCCAGAAGGUUUGCCACUUGCUGUCACACUAUCACUAGCAUAUUCUGUGAAGAAAAUGAUGAAAGACAACAACUUGGUGCGCCAUCUAGAUGCCUGCGAGACCAUGGGUAACGCUACAGCUAUUUGUUCAGACAAGACUGGUACCCUUACAACCAACCGGAUGACUGUUGUUCAGUCGUACAUAUGCAGUGAAGACCACAAGACGACUCCAAAAUAUGAAUCACUACCGCAUCAUGUGGCAGAGCUUCUCCUUUACUCUAUUAGUGUUAACUCUGCUUAUACAUCUCGUGUUUUACCUGGAGAAAACCCAGGAGAUCUGCCUAAUCAGGUUGGGAACAAAACAGAGUGUUCCUUAUUAGGAUUUGUUUUGGACCUAGGUAAGAGUUAUCAGGCCAUCCGUGAUGAAAUCUCAGAAGAAAGCUUCCAUCGAGUGUAUACUUUCAAUUCAGCAAGAAAAUCAAUGUCAACGGUGAUCCCUCGAGAUGGGGGUUACCGGAUCUACACGAAAGGUGCCUCAGAAAUUGUCAUGAAAAAGUGCUCCUUCAUCUAUGGAAAGGAUGGCAAACUAGAAAGCUUCUCAAGAUCAAUGCAAGAUCGUCUAGUUCGAGAAGUAAUUGAACCCAUGGCGUGUAAUGGUCUUCGCACAAUCUCAGUUGCAUACAGAGACUUUGUUCGAGGAAAAGCUGAUAUUAACCAGGUGCAUAUUGAAAAUGAGCCCAAUUGGGAAGAUGAAGAUAAUAUUAUUAGCAACCUGACUUGUCUCUGUGUAUUGGGCAUUGAAGAUCCAGUGCGGCCUGAGGUGCCUGAUGCAAUCCACAGGUGCCAGCGGGCAGGCAUCACAGUUCGUAUGGUCACUGGCGACAAUAUCAACACUGCACGCUCCAUUGCUUCCAAGUGUGGUAUUCUCAAACCAGGAGACAAUAGUCUCAUAUUAGAGGGAAAAGAAUUUAAUAGGAGAAUCAGAGAUGCAUCAGGGAAGGUUCAACAACAUUUAUUAGAUAAAGUGUGGGUGACCCUGCGUGUGUUGGCCCGUUCUUCACCCACAGAUAAAUACACAUUGGUGAAAGGUAUUAUAGAAAGUAAAAUCAAUGCCAACAGAGAAGUAGUAGCUGUUACAGGUGAUGGGACCAAUGAUGGCCCUGCCCUGAAGAUGGCUGAUGUCGGCUUUGCUAUGGGCAUUGCUGGUACCGAUGUUGCCAAAGAGGCAUCAGAUAUCAUCCUGACAGAUGACAACUUUACCUCAAUUGUCAAGGCUGUCAUGUGGGGGCGCAAUGUAUAUGAUUCCAUUGCUAAGUUUCUACAGUUUCAGCUAACCGUAAAUGUUGUAGCUGUGAUUGUAGCAUUUGUUGGUGCGUGUGCCAUCAACGAUAGCCCUCUCAAGGCUGUACAAAUGUUGUGGGUGAACCUUAUCAUGGACACUCUGGCUUCCCUGGCUUUGGCAACGGAAGCUCCCACGCCUGAUCUCCUUCAUCGAAAACCCUAUGGUCGCACCAAGCCUCUCAUCUCACGCACCAUGAUGAAGAAUAUCCUGGGUCAAGCCGUGUACAUGAUUUUGGUUAUAUUCGUUUUGUUAUUUUAUGGUGAUAGAUUGUUAGACAUAGACUCUGGACGUUACGCUGACAUCCGUGAUCCACCCUCCCAGCACUUCACCAUCAUCUUCAAUACUUUUGUUAUGAUGACUCUCUUCAACGAAAUCAAUGCACGGAAAAUCCAUGGGCAGCGCAACGUGUUCCAGGGCUUCUUUAGUAAUCCCAUUUUCUACAGCAUUUGGCUGAGUACACUAGCAAGUCAGAUUGUGAUAGUGCAGCUUGGAGGUCGGGCAUUUUCCACUGAGGCACUCUCUUUGGAGCUUUGGUUAUGGUGUAUCCUGUUUGGGAGUGGAGUUCUCCUCUGGGGGCAAGUGGUUACAUCCAUGCCAACCAAAAAAUUACCCAAGAAUGUAUUUUCGUGGGGUUCAGGUGAGCCUCAAACAGACCCCAUGGCUGACUACAACCUGGAGGACAAGUUAGAUUCUGAUGGAAAGGAUGGCAAGCGUACGGGUCAAAUUUUGUGGAUUCGUGGCUUGACCCGGCUGCAGACUCAGUUGAGAGUAAUACGAGCAUUCAAGUCAACCCUGGAAGACUUGGAAGAACGGCGGUCGUGCCAUAGUUUACACAGCUUGCAUAGUAUGCGCAACUUGCGCAGUCAUCAGGGCAACCGGCCCAUGUCAGACAUCAGUUACAUUGAUGAGGACUCUACGAAAAGCCCAAGUCCCAAUAGUGACAAGCGGUGCGGGUCGUGCAACACAGCGGUGCGCCUCGUAACACCCAUCGAGGAGUCAUCGCCCACCACUGCUGAGACCGCCCCCCUGGUACCCCCUGGCAGCCCCCAAGGCGGGCCUGCAGCAGCAGCAACCCAGCAGCUGGGGCACCACCGACCCCACACCCACGCCAACACACAAAAUUCGAGUAGUUAAUGCGUUUCGACAGGGGCUUGAUGCUCGGCCUUCCAACCCGAACCUGGCGGCAGUGCUGAAGAAGCAGUCAUCUCUGAGCAAGCGGCUGUCUCAUGGGUCUUCAUUGGAAUAUGCUGACAUGUGUCCAGAUCCAGAAGAGCUAACGGUACCCGAGAUCGACGUGGAACGCUUGUCCUCACACAGCCACACUGAGACUGCUGUGUAGGCCCCAGUUUAGGCCCCCAUGCCGCUUUCUCAGGGCCAACUGCACCUCCAGCAGCAGUAGCAGCAUUGGCAGCAGCAGGAGUGUGAUCAUCAGCAGCAGCAGCAGCAGCAGCAGCAAGAAGAGCCUUUGGCCACCACCAUAGCAGCUAGUGGGUGCCGCCUGCAGUGUGGUGCCUAGGUGCUGGGCUAUGUUGCAACUGACAAUGACUGACUGCGAUAAUCAGGGUGGCUCAGACGGGUUAGGGCAGUGACAGCUCGUGUAUGGGAGGAUCAACAGCUGUGGGUGCUGUGCAGAUCCACUAGUCAUAGUGGACUGCUUGGGCUCCCACAACUAUUUUGUCUUCCUGGGGGCAUGCUCACAUGCAGAUACCCACCCUGAACACACACCCAAAAGGGCACACCCACCUGUGCUGUAACUUGUGCUCGUAUGCGGUGCACAGCCACACUCACUGGUGUAUGCCAAGGACUCACUUAACAGUGUGCCGCGCCCCUUGUUUCAUCAUGUCCUACUGUUAAUAGUCUUGUGUAUAGUAAGGGUUGUUAUUGCAUAGUCUACCAAUUAUAGAAAUGGUAAAGGGUUUUUGCCAGAGGGUUAGAUCUGUUGAACAAUACUAAGGACAAAUUACCAUUAUACCUGUAGUCAAAGGAUGUUUUAAACCUCUCUAAGGAAGUUGUGGAAACUUGUAUAUUCAUGAAUGUUCUUGGUUCUUGUUUUCUAAAACCAUGUUGGCUGUUCCUGAUGCUAGAGUCUAUACAUCUCUGUUUUGUUUAUGUUUGGCAGUAUUGUUUUGUCCAUUUGCUGUGUAUGAAAGAUGAGUCCUAGGUUGUAUGACUGGUGGUACCUCUUAGCUUAAGUGGUAUGAUCAUUGCGUUGCUACAAGUUGUGUGGUGGAGCCAGCCUUGUUAUAAGCCCGACUUCACCCCACACAACCACCACUGAUGUCUAGGGUUUAAUUAGACAUCUUUGCAUUUAAUACUAAUAAUCCUAACAUCAUGGGGGUCGUUUUUAUGGAGCAAUAGUUGUUUUGAAGUAUAUAUAAUAGUGAUGAUGCUUGUCAAUAAUUCAAUCACUGAAGGUAAUUGUCAUGUUAUGUAAUUACAAUAUUACAAAUAAACUGGUGCACGGUUGUUUCCAACCUUAUCACCUGUUACAAUGUUGGCUAGCCAAUGGAACCAAUCCUUAUUGUUGUGCCCAUGUGAGGAGCACUCCAGAGGCCUGCAAUGGAGUACAGUUGCCCUAGGAGUAAACCCUAAGAAUUUGUCACAUCCCUGCAGCACCAGCUUACCUGACCUUGGGCAUGUCAAGGGUUCUGACUACAGUUUUGUAGUUAUGACCUGCAGGGGCCCCCCCUCACCUCACCUUUUGGGAUGUUUUGUCAACUGUGUUUGGCAUCAUCUCAUACCCCACCCACCACUUGCUCUGCCUAGACCUUUCGUUAUUUCCCCCAUCUUAAACACCAUUACCCCUCCACCAUCACAACUACCCACUCCAGGUUGACUCGGUGUCUGUGUGCGUGGUCUGCCCGCUCCCAUCCUGUUCUUAGGUGUGGCAAAUAUGCAUUAGUUUUAAGUCAGUUCUCUGGGCUGUUCACCAAACCAUUACACAUAACAAAUUGUAGUCAAUAGCGAACAGUUAUUUCAUUCUUUUCUGUAGAGAAAGUGAAAGAUUUUCUAAAUACUGAAAUGUUGUAAAUCCAAUAAAUGUUAAUGUAAACUGGUAGAGAUAACCAAGAUUAAACCUUCUGUAAAUCUUCAGUCAUUUUGUGAUGCUCGUCUCAUGUCAGCCACGACACUACUUUAACCUUUUGUUUGUCAACUAAUUCUAGGACUGAGGAAGUGUAAGAUCAGUGGAAGUUUGAUAAGAAAAGGCCUUGUACUUCUUCUCUUUGUCCAUUAUCUGAUGUGUGUGUGUGUGUGUGGGUUCGUGGGUUGUUUGUGCAGUGUGGAGCGGCUAGCCAAGGAACACUCUCCAUAUAGCAAAAGAAGAAUGGGAAGAGCAACCCACUGUUUGGCCACUGUUGUGGUGCGUCUAGGGAUUUAUCUCCCAAACGCUAAAGCAGCUAUUGAAACUCUGCCACUACCCACGCACUCGAACGCGCGUAGUACUUUAGAUUUUUCGUGGAUAUAAACAAAUGGCUUCUAUUGUUAAUAGGAAAGAACAUUACUUGUUGCGUUUGUUAACUUUAAAAAUACAGGUUUUCAAGAGU